AUGGCUGCUCAGAGUCCCAAAAAGAGGCUUCGGUACGAAGCGACUUGCCCUGUCUGCCUUGGCUAUUUUGCUGAGCCAGUGACUCUGGACUGUGGGCAUAAUUUCUGCCAAUCCUGUAUCACCAGAAGCUGGGAGGAACCUGGCAAGGAUGCCACCUGCCCUCAGUGCAGGAAGGGUGUGGUGAGAGACUUCAAGCCAAAUAGAUCUCUGGCGAGCGUGGUGGAAAUAUCCAAACAACUGGGUUUGCCAGCAGCAAGGGGGGCAGAGAUAAGCGAGGGAGAAUGUGUGAGGCACCAGGAGCCCCUGAAACUCUUCUGCAAGGAAGAUGAAAUCUCCAUCUGUGUGGUAUGUGGCCUGUCCAGGGAGCACAGAAACCAUGGUGUAGUCCCUGUGGAAGAGGCUGCUCAAGAAUACAAGGAUGAGAUGUGUUCCUGCCUGGAUGGCCUGAGAAAGAAGAGAGAAAAUAUUCUGGAGUGUAAAGUGGGCAAAGAAAAGGAAGGACAAGACCUGCUUAAACACAUGGAACAAGAGAGGGAGAAGAUGGUGGCUGAAUUCAGAGGCUUGUGUCAGUUUCUGGAACAACAAGAGAAACGUCUCCUGGGUCAGAUGAAAGAGCUGCAGAAGGAGGUUGAAAGAGAAAGGGAUGAGCACCUGGCCGAACUCUCCACAAAUCUCUCCUCUCUUGAUAGUCUCAUCCAAGAGAUGGGGGAGAAGAUUCAGCAGCCAGCCAGUGGACUCCUGCAGGUGUGA